AUGGAAGAUGAGGAGAAGGCGACCACCGAACCCCCGAAAAAAAAACCAGAUCCCAUCACAUCCGAAACCGUGGUGAUCUGGGGUUUGCGACUCUGGCAAGUGGUUGGGAUUUUUGCCAUUUUUGUGCUGAGUGUCAUCAUCACCCUCUGCUGCAUCUUCAAAUGUCGCAUCCCGAGGACCAAGAAGGAGAUCGAGGCCCGCUACGCCAAGAGGCAGGCCGCUAAGAUGUACGCAGACAAGCUGGACACUGUGCCCCCACUCAAUGAACUGACUGAGAUCCCAGGCGGCUCCACCGAAAGCCUCCCGACUCUUUCGGGCCAGCUCGAAGCCCGACCGCUCGCCUCCCUGCCGGCUGUCCAGGAAGAAGAGGAAGUUACGGGGGAAGCCCACUAGAGGGCGCCCGCCGGCCGCUUUCCGUUCCCUUCUCAAGCGCUGUUCUUCGUCCUCGAUCCUGUGUGUGUCUCUCUCUCUCUCUCUCUCUCUCUCUUUCUCUCUUUCUCUCUCUCCCUCUUUAUCUCUC